AUGAUGGCCGAGGACUCCCUGUUUGAUAGUGAUUACGACAGCUUGUGUCCUUUAUGUGAGGAGGAAGGUGAGAGACCUUGUCUGGCACUCGGAGUCAAUGAACAACAAAGAAAUGUGGAUGAAGAAGCAGAGCCAAAAAGAGACCAUAAAAUGAAUGUUAUAAAUGAAGAGAAAAAAGAUGGAAGUGAAAUGGCAGAAACCAGGUUUUUUGAGUUGAGUGAUGAAUAUGAUAAUAAAGAGCUUGAAAUGAGUCAAAGUAAAAUAGAAAUGAUCGAGGAGAAGAAAAGUAAGCAUGACCCUCCAGCACAGGAGGAAAAGAGCGUCCUAAGGCUGAACUCCAGCAGCCCAGUAAAUCUGGUGAUGGUGUGUGAGGAGUCUGUUGAGGGUAGUGUAAAUGAGGAGAUCCUGCUGUGUGCCGACAAGUCUCUAACCCCCUUGAUAUCUUCUCCCUCACAAAAUCCUCUACCUCUCACACUCCCACCUAGUAAUUCCUCUGUGCUUCAACUACAAAAACAGCCAGUGGGUCAGAACCAGGGCUUAGUGCCCAUGCCAGUGCAACAGGCUCCCUGCCUGACCAAGCGUGCCUAUGAGAGCAGCCCCUGUGGAGCUGUGGAUCCCAAAACACUUACCCAUUCUGGGCAGCUGGAGGUGACACUGCAACAGGUGUACACGACACGCCGCUACACCCGCUUCACCAGCAGAGCUGCACCAUUAAAAUCAGUACAUCCUGAGACCAGCUCCCAGCCUUUACCAUGUGUCAGCAACACCUCUCUAUUGGCACCAGCACCCAAAAAGAAAACACGGACCUCCUACAGCACUGAUCAGUUGGAGGAGUUGGAAAGGAUGUUUCAAGAUGAUCACUAUCCAGACGCUGACAAACGGAAAGAGAUUGCAAUCUCAGUUGGCGUAACACCUCAAAGAGUCAUGGUAUGGUUUCAGAAUCGUCGUGCCAAAUGGCGUAAAACCUCCAAAACGACAACAAGGCGGCCUCCCGUGACCCAGACCCAGGCUCCGGCCCAAGCCCCAGUCCAAAGGCCUCCUGUUUUCACAGGUCCUGCGAUUACACCCCUACCCCCCCAAACAGGAAACACACUCCCUCCUUACAGUACACUGCUCUCCAGCUGCACCAGCCCACCAGGCUGUGUGGAUGUGGCAAAUAAUGUAUCUCAGGGAAGCACAGGGGAUUAUAAACAUCCCCUCAUGCAGAGUCCCCCACCUCUGCGCCGUGCCUCACUACCUUUUUUUGCUGCAUACAACCCCCCUACCCACACUCUGUCUGUGCUGCUCGACACGCCGGACCACAGUGAAGCUCAGUCCUUCAAUCUGCAUGCUGACACUGGGUUUAACUAUGAUUCCAUGGGUUCUUCAGCUAAGUAUGAAUCUGUUGCCCCUGGUCCUGGAAACAAUCAGUCUUACCAGCUCAUGACAUACCCCCAACAGUCCAGCACUUUACUGCCUCAGCAACCUAGUACACUUCUUCCCCAACAAAGUAAUAAUGUGCUCCCGCAGCAGACAAACACACUGCUGCCACAAUACUCACGAGUAUCAUACCUCACCCCAUCUCCAUAUCUGACCCCUAACUCAAGUGAGGGCACUGCCACGUCCUGUAUGCCUCUGAACUCAGGAACUGGUAAUCUUCUGCCCUGCACCAAUGGAGGACAUGCCUACUUCCAAUGCCAAAACGGUAGCCAGAUACUACUGCAGCCUGGGCUACAGGGUAACAAAAGAGCCUGUGCACUGCAGGCCUACCCAUGGACUGGUGACAUGUACAGUCAUUCAGUUCAAGUUCCACAUGCGGUUCUAAAGCCUCAGUUCUCAUCCCAUGGUCUUGAGAGCCACUAUCCUCCGCUUGUCCCACCUCAGUCUUACAUCACGCCUCAGGGGCCAUCAUGCCAAAGCUUGGCGAAACCUACCACCCCAGACCCCUUGCUCGCCAGUGUCAAAACAGAGCUGGAGGAAACGGGACACAGUCAGCCAGUCAAAGUUAGCGAGGCAGAGACCAUUUUCCAUUGUGACUUCUCACCCAUUCACUUCUGACAGUAACCACUUUAUACCGGUCCUGGUUGCAGUGGAUUCAGAGUCUAUCCUAGGAACACUGUGUACAAGGGCCAUCAGCACUAAUGGAGGAAUUUGAGUCUGCAGUCUGUCUGUAUGUUUCUGUAUGUUGUGUUCUGUUUUCUUUGUUGAAUGCAGGCUUCAUUAAAGUGGCCA